AUGAAUCUCCUUGUACUGAUCUUUGGGAUUGUGCUCCUCCCUAAAGCAUACACCUUGAAGUGUUAUGAUUGUCAACCGGGACCCUCAGGAACCUGCACGGAGACAACAGCAGAAUGCCCCUUGCAGUGUGGUGCAAUGCGAAUGACUACUUAUGCAGGUGGUUCUAAAGUGUCAGAUGUCACAAUGAAAAGUUGUGUCCCCGCUCAGCAGUGUUUUGAUUUGUCAGUCAACUUCGGAACGGCCAGAAACAUUAUUUCCAAUAAGUGUUGCACUACCGAUCUCUGCAACAAGCAAGCUGAUGAGCCCAGUAAACCCAGUCCCAAUGGUAAAAAGUGCUAUUACUGCAAUGGACAAAUGUGCACUGCAACCCUAAACUGUGAAGGGAAUGAGGAAUACUGUAUCUCAACAUCAGUGAUGGCAGGAGACGAAAAGACUACCGUGAAGGGCUGUGCGUCCAAGCUUGUCUGCUCUGAUACAGCAGCUGCACAAAUGAUGGGGGCUGUUGGAGCAGAUAUUAAAUGCUGUCAGGGCGAUUUCUGCAACGGUCCAAACAUCCCCCGCAAAGCCAGCAACUCCAAGACCCCCGACAAAACUGGCAACGCCACCAGCAUAAGUGCUGGCCUUCUGCUCCUAUUGACUGCACUGGUUACUUUGGUUGUGUUCUCUUAA